AUGGCCGACAGCGCUGGGAUUCAGCAAGGUUCGCCGGCCAUCGGAGCCGCGGGCCUGGUUCCGGCCGCACCUGGAGCCGGGGGGACGGAGGGCUCCGGCGCCGCUGGAGGAUCCGCACGUAUCGCCGCGAAGAAGGCGCAACUCCGCUCCUCACCGCGGCCGAAGAAACUGGAGAAACUCGGAGUGUAUUCCUCCUGCAAAGCUGAAGGAGCCUGUAAGUGUAAUGGCUGGAAGAGUCAAAACCCCCCUCCGACGCCGCCUCAAACCGACCAGCAGUCCAGCGCAGUCAGCCUGCAGGAGCCCUGUCGGAGCUGCUCUCACACUUUGGGUGAUCACGUGACACAUCUAGAAAAUGUUUCUGAAGAGGAAAUGAAUCGACUUCUAGGCAUCGUCCUGGACGUGGAGUAUCUGUACACAUGCGUUCACAAGGAGGAAGACGCCGACACUAAACAAGUCUACUUUUCCCUCUUCAAACUGUUGAGGAAAUCCAUCUUACAGAUGGGCAAACCAAUGUUAGAGGCACAGGAGAGUCCUCCGUUUGAAAAACCCAGCAUUGAGCAGGGAGUGAACAACUUUGUCCAGUACAAAUUCAGCCACCUGCCCUCUAAAGAGCGACAAACUAUAAUGGAGCUGGCGAAAAUGUUCCUCAACCAAAUAAACUACUGGCAGCUGGAGACGCCGUCUCAGCGGCGCCAGAGGGUGCCCAACGACGACGUGGCCGGAUACAAAGCCAACUACACCAGGUGGCUCUGCUACUGCAAUGUGCCUCAGUUCUGCGACAGCCUGCCCCGGUACGAGACCACGCAGAUCUUCGGGCGGACGCUGCUGCGCUCCGUGUUCACUGUGAUGAGGAAACAGCUGCUGGAGCAGGCCCGACAGGAGAAGGACAAGCUCCCCCCUGAGAAACGCACACUCAUUCUCACACACUUUCCCAAGUUCUUGUCUAUGCUGGAAGAGGAGGUGUACAGUCACAGCUCUCCGAUCUGGAGCCAAGACUUCUUGGCAGGAGCAGCAGGAGGGCAGAUUCCGAUCCACACAGUGAUCAGUGCGCCCCCAGUGGCCAGACCCCUGUACUACAGCACCAGUCCGGUGUCUGUGGACCCGUCUGCCGGCGACAGCGUCAGUCCUGCCAGGAAAACUGCCUCUGUACUGGAGCCAAGCCCAGCCGGAGAAAAGCGGAAACCCUCAGAGCCUCUUCACCACGAGGAGAACAAGAGACCCCGGGUCGUGGGAGACAUCCCGAUGGACCUGAUUAAUGAAGUCAUGGCCACCAUCACCGACCCCGCUGCCAUUCCAGAGACCAGCCUGCUGUCGGCUCACUCCGCGCGAGACGAGGCGGCCCGGCUGGAGGAGCGCCGAGGGGUGAUUGAGUUCCACGUCAUUGGAAACUCACUAAACCAGAAGCCCAAUAAGAGGAUCCUCAUGUGGCUGGUCGGCCUCCAGAAUGUCUUUUCGCACCAGCUUCCCCGCAUGCCCAAGGAGUACAUCACCCGGCUGGUCUUCGAUCCGAAGCACAAGACGCUGUCGCUCAUCAAAGACGGCCGUGUGAUCGGAGGGAUCUGCUUCAGGAUGUUUCCCUCACAGGGUUUCACAGAGAUCGUAUUCUGCGCCGUCACCUCCAACGAGCAAGUUAAGGGUUACGGAACACAUUUAAUGAACCACUUGAAGGAGUACCACAUAAAGCAUGAAAUCCUCAACUUCCUCACUUAUGCUGACGAGUACGCAAUCGGCUACUUCAAGAAACAGGGUUUUUCUAAAGACAUCAAGGUCCCCAAGGCCAAGUAUGUGGGCUACAUUAAGGAUUACGAGGGGGCCACACUCAUGGGCUGUGAACUCAAUCCCAGCAUUCCUUACACUGAGUUCUCUGUUAUUAUCAAGAAGCAGAAGGAGAUCAUCAAGAAGCUGAUUGAGCGGAAGCAGGCUCAGAUCAGAAAGGUCUACCCAGGGCUGUCCUGUUUUAAGGAUGGAGUCCGACAGAUUCCCAUUGAGAGCAUUCCUGGCAUACGUGAGACUGGAUGGAAGCCUGUGGGAAAAGGGAAGGAGCUGAAAGACCCAGACCAACUGUACAGCACUCUGAAGGUCAUCCUCCAGCAUGUGAAGAGUCACCAGAACGCCUGGCCGUUCAUGGAGCCCGUGAAGAAGACGGACGCUCCCGGGUACUACCAGGUCAUCCGCUUCCCCAUGGACCUCAAGACGAUGAGCGAGCGUCUGAAGAGCCGGUACUACACGACGCGCAAGCUCUUCAUGGCCGACAUGCAGCGCAUCUUCACCAACUGCCGGGAGUACAACCCGCCCGAGAGCGAGUACUACAAGUGUGCCAACUUACUGGAGAAGUUCUUCUACACCAAGAUCAAGGAGGCGGGCCUCAUCGAGAAGUAGCCGGGAGGGAGGGAGGAGCUUCUCCCCGAAGGCGUAAAUGCGUCUGUCGUUGACGGUGAGUCAGUAUCUUCGGCCGGUGCUGACUCUGCGGGAGCGGCCUCCUCCGAGAUCUGCUGACUGUUUUCAAGAAGUGUUGUCUUUGUUUUCGUUUUAUUCGCCAAGUAUUGCAGAGGUUUGAGGAAAUCGGUGACAGUGGAGGGCGCGGUGCGGAGCAGACGUCUAGCGCCCGCCCGCCUCGGGUCCCGAGGAGUGAAGUACAUCCGCGGCGCCGCCGAGUCGUUACGAAAGUGUUCCCGUCUGUAUAACUCUAUUCUGAUGAGGUCAAACGUUUCCCUGAGUUCAUCCUGCCAAAAGAGGAAUACAUAUUUUAAAUUUGUACAGAUUUGAAUGAUUUUGAAGCACUUAUACCCACUGUAUAUUUUAAAUGUGUAUAUAACAUAUAUUUUCUUUGUCAGAACUAAAGAAAUCUUUUUUUUUUUUUUUCACCAAGCCACAUAGGGCAAGUUUGACUAUCAAAAAUGCACUUUUAUUUUUCCAAGUAUUAGUUGACAUAAAUGAAAGCAUCAUCUUCUCUUCAGAUUUUGUUUUUCGAAUACAAUACACUGUUGACUAAGGACUAAUUUAAUAAUUUAGAGUUUAUUCUUAUUUAUGUGCUGUAAUUUAGAAGAGCUAUGCUUAAGAUGAGGUCUUAAUUUAUUAUUUUUGUCCAGCAGAUGGAGAUUGAUAACUUUAUACUUUGGAGAUAAAUGAAAAAAGAUUGUGCAAUACUAUGUAGUUUUGCUGUUUUUUGUAUAAAAAAAAAAAAAAAAAGAAAAAAGAAAAAAAGGUGUUUGUACUUUUCAAACUUUAGGGGGAAAAAAAUGCCUUUUGUAAUAUAUCUGGAAAAAUUAUCUCAUGCUCUUUGUACAAUUGGUUUU